AUGGAACUGCUGGACCUGCCAGGAAGCAGGACACAUGUGAACGACGACGACGAUGAAGACGAAGAGAACGAAGCCAAGCAACAGCGCGCUCGAGGAGCGAUGGUCCGGCGCUUGCGCUCGGCCCACAGUGGCCCUGUGCGGACCCUGCAGCUGUCGCCCGACGGUCUCCUCUUGGCGUCGGCAACCGCACGCGCGGCGCACCUGUGGGACGCCAAGGCGCUAGAGAGCCGGCCCGCGCUCAGUGGCGGCAUCAUGGCGUUUGUGCCGGCACAGCCCAUCUGCCUCAACCAACAUCCUUCUCUCUGCCAGCGCCUUUGGCACUACCAUGCGGGUCUUGGACGCCCAUGA